AUGCUUAGCAGGUUGUGGGAAAGAAAAUCCAAAGUUCUCAAAGCCAAGGGCUCUAGCGAUGAGCCACCAAAGGAAUUGGAGGCUAGGCCCGUCGAGAACACUGAUCCACCACCAAAGGAAUUGGAGGCCAAGAACACUGAUCCACCACCAAAGCAAUUGGACGCCAAAAACACUGAUCCACCAUCAAAGGAAUGGGAGGAUAGGCUCAUCAAAAGCACUGAUCUUACAGUGUCACUGGAUGGGUCGGAGAUCUAUCAAGAGACUCUGGCCAUGGCUGUGGCCAAGGAUCUCAAUGCUUCGUUUCUUUCUCUCUACGGGAAUCUGUUGUCACCUUAUAAGAUAGUUUUAGAGAGGUGCACACGGCUGGUGGUGUACUUUCCUGAUCCGGAAGACUGGUUUCGGAGAGCUGUGGCAAUAACACAGAGGAAAGAGUUCCUUGAGAAACUGCAGGAUAAGCUAGACAUGCUCUCGGGUGGUAUAGUACUCAUUGCAUCGAGGAUUAACGUUGAGAACAAGUCCACCCGACACCCGGAGCACACAGGUUAUUACCUUGAAGACAUUUACAGCUUAUUCGAGAACAAGGACAAGGAUAUGCUUCAAAAGUGGCAAGAUGAGCUUAAGAGUGACUCUGCCAUGUAUAGAUCUAAAACAAACACUAAAAAGAUUGAGGAGGUGCUUGAUCUUUUCAACUGGGAAUGCAAAGGCGUUAAAGAUCUCAAGAUCCCACAUGGGGUUUCUCUCACUGAUAAGGGUCAGAUAACGUACGACGAGUACGAAACAAUGCUUUUGCCGUGUGUGAUUGCUGCUGGCGAGACUGGACUGUCGUUCAGAAAUGUCGGCGGCUUGAAAAAAGUAAAAGCCACACUACAAGAGCUUCUGAUCCUUCCUUUGACAAGGCCAAAGCUAUUUAGCAAAGGAAAUUUACUCAAGUGGUACGGUGAAGCCGAAAAGUUGGCCAAGGCAGUCUUCACACUGGCAGAGAAGCUCGCACCCACGAUUAUCUUUGUGGAUGAAGUGGACAGCAUUUUAGGAGCAAGAGGCGAGCUAAAUGAGGAUGAAACCUCUCGCAGCGUCAAGAACGAGUUCAUGACAGCGUGGGAUGGCCUUCGUACCAAAGAUGACAAGAGAGUUAUGCUUUUGGCAGCCACGAAUAGGCUUGACGAAGCUGUCAUUCGGCGUCUCCCCAGAAGGAUCUUGAUCAGUCUCCCGAAGAGGUCAAGCCGCGUGGAAAUCCUCAAGGUUUUGUUGGAAGGCGAGAAGCUGGACAACAAGUUUGAUUUGGAGGAGCUGGGCCGUUUAACAACGGGAUACUCAGGAAGUGACUUAAAGGUUUGCCCCACGGCGCGCUUUGUUAAUACUCAACUCGAGGCCUGGAACCAGCAAUAUGGUGAAGUUAAGGAGAAAGACAUGGAGAUCGUCAAUGGCGUCUACCAGAAGCGUAAACCAAAGCUUUCAGUGACUUGUAAACCUCUGGUCGUGUUUCUACGUGAUCCAGAAAAUUGGUUUGGUAGAGCAGUGAAAACACCGGAGGUAAGCGAGAAUGUCAAGGACGAGCUCUGCAAAAUGCGUCAGCAGGGCAGGAGAGGCACAGCGCGACUAUGGCAGCCACGAGGGCGACCAGGGCAUGGAAGGCGGCGAGGGUGGGCACAGCACAAAUGGGAUUUAGGCGGUAGGCUCGAGCUCCAGCAGCGGCAGCACAACUGGUGCUCCAAGGUCCUGCAGCAGCACCAGAGUCACCAAGUGGCAGCACCACCAAGCAACGGCACCAAGCAGUGGCAGUAG